AUGCACAUCGCGCUCCAGCUUGGAACCACCCACUCCCGCGCGACCAGGCAGAAUAUCACGGCCAUGGCGACGACAACACCACUCCGCAUGGGCAUGCUCUUGUUCCCCGGCUUCCAAAUCCUCGACGUGUUCGGCCCCCUUGACGUCAUCAACGUGCUCUCCCGGAGCGAGCCCAUCGACCUGUCGAUCAUCGCCGAGACCCUUCAACCCGUAUCCAACCGCUCCGACAAGAUGACUCUGACCCAAUGCGAGCAGCGCGUCGUCCCUACCCACACAAUUGCUUCGGUACCCGCGCUUGACGUGCUCAUUGUGCCCGGAGGGUUCGGUACGAGGGCUCCUGCUCACGAUGUGGACGCCCUUGUGGCCUACAUCCGGUCCUCUUACCCCACGCUCCAAACAAUCAUCUCCGUCUGCACAGGUGCUGGACUUUUGGCACGCGCAGGUGUUCUGGAUGGUCGACGCGCAACCACCAACAAGAACGCGUUCUACGACAUGACAGUGUUGGGCCCCAAGACGUACUGGGUUGCGCGCGCCCGCUGGGUUCAAGAUGGCAACGUGUGGACAUCCGCAGGCGUCACUGCUGGGACGGACGCUACUCUAGCGUGGGUGGCAGACAAGUACGGCGACAAGGUUGCGGCGGACACUGCCAACUAUCUUGAGCACGAGCGUGUUCUCGACCCCAACGACGACCCGUUUGCGGCGCUGCGAGGCAUCAAGGACGUUCCCCCACAGGACGAAUGA